CACCCCAUAUAACUCGAGAUAUCCACCUCGAACCCACCACCACUCCAUCUCGCUCGCGGUCGUCUCCUUUCCUCUGAUCCCUUUCUCUCCUCUACUCAUCCUUUCUCUUUCGUCUCGCCAGAUUCGAUUAGUCGAUCGAUCGGCCCGCUUUACAACAGCAGAGGAGUGGAUCGAUCAGGAUAACAUUUCCACUGCAACCACAUCUGGUUAGUAGCGAUGAGGGAGGAGGAGGAGGAGGAAGAGAACAACUGGUUCGCUCGCUGGGAGGAGCAGCUGCCGUCGCCCGAGGAGCUCAUGCCACUCUCCCAGACCCUCAUCACCCCAGAGCUCGCCCUCGCCUUCGACAUCACCGCCGCCGGCGCCGCCAAUGGCAAUCUCAACCCCGCCCUCUUUCCCCAGCCGCCGGCCCCGCCCCAGCCCGCCGCUUGCUCCCACCCGGCCCCGCCUCUCUCCUCCGAUUUCGAGUCCUCCGCCUCGGCCGCCGCCGGAAGCGGCGGGGGCGACGAGCCGGCGCGGACCCUCAAGCGGCCGCGCCUCGUCUGGACGCCGCAGCUUCACAAACGGUUCGUGGACGCCGUGGCCCACCUUGGUAUCAAGAACGCCGUCCCCAAGACCAUAAUGCAGCUGAUGAGCGUGGACGGGCUCACCCGCGAGAACGUGGCCAGCCACCUCCAGAAGUACCGCCUCUACCUCAAGCGCAUGCAGGGCCUCAGCACCUCUGGCGGCGGCCCGAUUUCCGCCGCCGACGCCGCCACCGACCAGCUCUUCGCCAGCGCCCCCGUGCCACACCAGUUCCUCAGCCGCGGGCCGGCCGCGGGUCCCGAGCCGUUCCUGCCGUACGUGCCGACGGCAGCGCUGCAGCACCAGCAGCAGAUCACGGCGGCCAUGCAGCAACAGCAGCAUCAGCAGCAGUACUACCACCAGAGGCAUCUGGGGCAUUUCGGAUCGUCAACGGGUGGGUUUGACCACGGAUUCCUGAAUCGGGGAAUGCCGCAACCAGCGAUGCAUCAGAUGGUAGGACCGGCCCCGGGGACGGGGUUUCUGCAGUUGACACCGCCACCGGCCGCUCUAUCCGUGGACGAUUUGGAGCCUGCCAGAAGAGAAGACGGCAGUGAGAGGAAGGUGCUGACGCUUUUUCCCGACCGAUGAGCAUCUGCAUACAUGUUUGCUACGCUCAUGUAGUAACCACUCUUCGCCGGGCGCAUCCUCAUCAGUCUCUUCGACACUCUGUCUCCUACCUCCGUGUCGCCGUGCACUCUGCAGCCCGCUAACAGAGCUCCCAGUAUGGCCUCAUCCGGCUCCAUCGGCAUCUCCGCCACGAACCUCUCCGCCUCCACCAACCGGCCGGCCUUCGCCAACGCGUCGGCCACACAGGCGAAAUGCUUCAGCUCCGGCUCUAUGCCACACUGUCUCAUCGAACCAAAGAAACCCCAUGCCUUCUCCACAAGCCCUCCAUGCCCGCACGCCGACAGCACCCCAAGAAAAGUUACCGAAUUUGGCUGUAUCCCUUGCGUGCACAUUUCGUCGAACAGCUUCAGGGCAACAUCUGCAUGGCCGUUCAGUCCGUGGCCGAGUAUCAGAGCGGUCCAUGAGAUCACAUCCCGGGCGGGCAUGCCAUGGAAGACCCUCUCGGCGGCGCCAAAAUCUCCGGACUUCACGUACAUGUCCACGAGAGCAUUGCAUAAUGCCAACGGCGACCCUAAGCCCCGACGAACGCAACAGGCGUGCGCACUCUUCCCGUGCCUGAUCGAUCCCGACUGCCCGCAGGCCAACAGCAAGCUCACCAACACCACAUGGUCAAGUUGCAGCCCACCGUCCACCAUCUUCCUGAAGAACGCCAAGGCUGACGCCGAAUCCCCGUUCUGGGCAUACCCCGACAGCAUCGACGUCCACAACACCGCGUCCUUCUCCGGCAUUCCAUCGAACAGCUGUCGUGCGUCGGAUGUCCGCGACAGUGCCAUGUAGAAGAAGACCAACGCCGAGGCGACGAAGAUGCUGCUCUCUGCUCCCGACUUGACGGACACGCCGUGGACGGACAUUCCGGCGGCGGCGUCGCUCGAGCCGGCGCAGGAGCGGAGGACGGGCGGGAAGGUGAACUCGUCGACGGGCACGCCGGAGGAGCGCAUCCUGUGGAAGAAGCCGAUGGCUUCGAGGGGGCGGCCGGAGCGGGAGAGCUCGGCGAUGAGGGUGUUCCAGGAGUGGGAAUUGCGGCGGGGCAUGUGGAGGAAGACGGAGAGGGCGCAGGGGAGGAGGCGGCGACGACGGGAGUAGGAGAGGAGGAGCUUGGAGGAGAGGAUGACGUUGGAGAAGAGGCCGGUGCGGAGGAGGCGGGCAUGGAGGUGGCGAAAGUGGCGAAGGGAGGGGGAGAUAUGGAGGAGGUGAAAGUAGUAGGAGAGGAGGUUGGCGGCGUCGGUCAUGCUGAUGCGCAUGGCUUCUGCCACGCGCGGCUGGACCGAUGCAACUUAGCAUGGCCAGUCCCGUCCUUAAUUGUCGUGCAACAACGCAUGGAAUGAGGCGAACUCUGCAUCAAUUGUCGUGCAACAACGCAUGGAAUGAGGCGAACUCUGCAUCAAUCAAAAUGGCGAAGCUUUCUAUUACA